AUGAGGGGAAGCACGGGAGGAAAUGAGGGGAAGCAAGGGAGGAAAGGCGGGACAGAGAGGAAAGGGGGGAGUGCGGAAGAGAGGAAGGGUGCAAGUGAGGAGAUAGGACGAGGGAGGGAACAGGGGGUUAGCAUGGGAGAAAGGGGGGAAAAGAGGGGGAGCAAGGGGAAAAAGGAGGGGAAGCAAGGGGGCAAUGGAAGGGAAGGAGGGGGGGAGAGGAGGGGAAGCAUGGGGGGAAAGGAGGCGAAGGAAGGGGGGAAAGGAGGGGAAACAGGGGCGGAAAGGAGGGGAAGCAAGGGGGGAACGGAGGGGAAGCAAGGGAGGAAAGGAGGGGGAGCAGAGAGGGAAAGGAGGGGAAGCAGGGGGAAAGGAGGGGAGGCAGUGGAGAAAAGGAGGGGAAGCAGGGGGGGGAAAGGAGGGGAAUUAGGGGGGGAAGGGAGGGGAAGCAUGGGGGGGAAAGGAGGGGAAGCAAGGGUGGAAAUGAGGCGACGGAAGGGGGGAAAGGAGGGGAAUCAGGGGAAUUCGCGCCUCAUCCCCUUCCGCGCCUCAUCCCCUUCCUCGUCAUCCCCUUCCGCGCCUCAUCCCCUUCCGCCCCUCAUCCCCUUCCGCGCGUCAUCAAUUUCCGUGCCUCAUCCCCUUCCGCGCAUCAUCAAUUUCCCGCACGCCUGUGUGAUAAGGAGCGGAAGCGCGCCAAUGCGCCUGCCGCAGAUCACGUCACAAGCGGAGCAUCUCUCCUGUCGCGCGCAAAGGCCCCGUUUUUCUCCCCCCCUUUCCCCAUUCCACCCCCGGUAUCUGCUCCUCUCCUCCACCGUCUGGCGUUGCGUCUGCCGCAAGUUGCGCCAGCGGACAGCUCUCCCAUCGCGCGAUCAGAGCCGAUUUCCCCCGCCGACGCAGUCUUUUUUCCGCCUCUCCCCUCCCUCUCCGCCUUCCACAGUCACCGUGUCGAGUCGCCUCAAUGCUGACCUGGAAGGGGGUAACAUGCGCCACAUCGGAUCAAUAUCCAAUCCCUGCCUCACAAAACGGCCGUUUCUGCAGCGGGCCUAUCAGGAGCCGCCACCUGUCUCGGGCGCUCCCAUUGGCCAGCACCGGUUCGUCAUGGCGGGUGGUUACCGCAUCGGUGCUAACCAGUUUGCGGCUGUGGGUCACUCGCUGCGUGAUCUAAAGGAAGAGGGAGGAAGCGGGGCCAGCAAGUGCUACUGGAUAGCACUGGAUGGGGGGUACGCAGAGGGCAGAGUGAGGGUAAUUUACCCUGCGGAGCACCACUGGCUGCUGUACGAGACUGCCAUUUACGAGUGUACUCUGCUGGUCAACAGCACGGGCACCACUGGAGGAUCUGCGAUUCUCAUGCUAGACGAGCAGGCAGUGGUGAUGCACGAGGAGGGGCAGGACGAGUUUGCCAUCGAUGCACCUCCCCCCUACCACCUGGCCUUCUGCUCCUACCCCAUGUACCGCCACCUCAACCCCAAGACCAUCCAGGAGUGGCUGCAGAUAGCCCUGCAUUACCUGGGCGUGGAGUAUUUUGUUCUCAACGACGGUGCUUCUAUCGUCGAAGACGUAUAUGAGGUCCUGGAACCGUACAUGGCAGCGGGGAUGAUGGAGAUAUUGGACAUGCGGGGAGGGUACAAAUAUGAGUCCAAGCAGAACGUGCUUGUAUUGAAUAACUGUCUUUAUCGAAUGAAAUUUGUCUCCAAGUGGGUGUUUUUUGCCGAUUUCGACGAGUUUCUCUACAUUCAGCCGCCCCAGACCCUUAAAGGGUUGCUGCACGAGCACUCUAAUGCACCUUACAUCACCUUCGGCAGCCUCUGGUGGUCCAUUGAACGCUGCCGCCCUCAGCCCCCAUCGGAUCACUUUUAUCUCGAGCGAAUGCCCUUCCACUGGCCACACAUCUACUGCAUAGGGCCCAAGAAUGCGGAGCUUGCCGACGAGGUUCCGUCGAGGCAGGUUCAGAUGUCAGCUCUCGCAGGGAGCAGCUCUGCGCGGCCAUUCGACAUCCUCGUUAUAGGCGGCGGCGCUACUGGCGCUGGCGUGGCCUUGGACGCUGCUGCACGCGGCCUCCACGUGGCGAUGGUGGAGCGAGACGACUUCAGUUGUGGCACAUCCUCUAGAAGCACUAAGCUCGUUCAUGGAGGCGUUCGUUACCUCGAAAAGGCUUUCCUUCGCAGAGAUCUCGCCCAGCUUCGCCUCGUGAACGAAGCCCUGGCGGAGCGAGGCAUUCUGAUUCGCAACGCUCCGCACCUGGUCUGGCCGUUACCCACGCUCACGCCGUGCUAUCAUUGGUGGGAGGUGCCCUACUACUGGGUCGGGCUUAAAGCGUAUGAUAUUAUAGCGGGGAAGAAAGUGCUUUACAUGUCCCGCGUGGUCACGGCAGCGGAGGCUACUGGGAUGGUUCCGACGCUUGCACACAAGGCCCGAGACGGCCGUACGCUGAAAGCUGGAGUGCUGUAUUACGAUGGGCAGAUGGACGACGCUCGGCUGAACCUCGCGCUCGCCACCACGGCAGCGCGCGCAGGCGCUGUUGUGCUCAACCACGCGAGCGUGUCCGCGUUAAAGACAGACCCGACUGGGCGAGUUGAGGGCGCUGUGGUGAAGGACGAGCUGACGGGGAAGCAGGUGGAUGUGCGCGCCAAAGUGGUGGUGAACGCCACAGGCGCUUACUGUGACAGCGUUCGCCGUAUGGCGGAUCCCAACACUCCUCUCGCCGUCCUGGCUUCCUCCGGCUCCCACGUCGUUCUCCCCGACUUCUACCUGGGAGCCGCCUCUGGCAGCACGUCAGGUGCGGGGGCAGGCACCGCCAGCGGCAGCGGCGGCGGCGGCGGAAACGUGGGUCUGCUUAUACCGAAGACGGCGGACGGGAGGGUGAUGUUCAUGCUGCCGUGGCUGGGGCGGGUGGUGGCUGGAACGACAGAUGCGCCUUCCGAGGUGGUGGAUGUGCCUGUUCCCACGGAGAAGGAGGUUCAGUUCAUCGUGGAUACGCUCAGCAACUACCUGGAUGUGGAUGUGCGCAAGGAAGAUGUCUUGUCUGUCUGGGGCGGGCUCCGCCCUCUCCUGCGGAAAGGGCCCAAAACGAAAACACCCGCGCAAGAAGAGGGUAAACCCGAGGGAGGCACGGCAGGAGCAGGGAAGCCGGAAGAGGUUGAGACAGAGGAGGGGAAGCAGACGGAAGGGAGCAAGGCAGAUACAUCGAAUGUGGUCCGAGAGCACACUGUGAUGGUGGAGGGAGGUACUCUGGUUACAGUCACAGGCGGCAAGUGGACCACUUACAGGAGCAUGGCAGAGGACACGGUCAACACAGCCAUCCGAGUCGGCAACCUCACAGCACCAACCACCACCAACCCCACCAAUCCAUCAACCAGCACCAGCAGCACCACCAGCAGCAGCAGCGGCAGCAGCAGCGCUCUCGCCCUGCCCCCCAGCGUCACGGAGCAUCUGCCCCUCACAGGAGCGGCUGGCUUCACCCCGGCCCUCUUCUCCCAGCUGGCGCAGAAUGCCGAUGUGCUGCGGGUGGCUCCUGACCGUCGGAUCCUGCCGUACCGGCUGGAUUCUGCGGUGGUGUACCACCUGGUGCGGUCGUAUGGGACAAAUGCGAGCAAAGUGAAGGAGAUUGCAACUACUGAGCUUUUGGCUGAGCGCCUUGCUCCUGGUUUCCCCGACAUCGAGGCUGAAGUAAUCUUCGCUGCCCGUAACGAGUUUUGCGAGACUGCAGCAGACUUCCUGUGCCGCCGAUCUCCAAACGGUAACGUUAACGUUGACGAAGCUCCUGUGGACGCGUUCGGAAACCUGGAAGAUCUGAUCGUCGAGGAGAGCUCAUCGUCUGCUGAUGCGGCUGCGGCUGCCGCGGGCGGUGCUGAUUGGAUCCUGAGCUUGGAUCUGACGGACGAGACAAGCCUGAUUGCCGAGGCCAAUCUGGUUGACGAGUUGACUGCCGUUGAGCUGACUGCAGGGGAUCUGACUGCGACCGAGCUUGCGGCGAACGACGUGGGCCAGAUUGCAGUGAAACCGGACUUUGGGAAGGAGACUCGCGUGAUUCUUGAGAGCAAACUCAGCGAUGCAUGCCUUGGCGAUGCGCUCGGCGAUGCGCUCGGCGAUGCUGGCGACUUCCUUCUCGAUGCGUUCCAUGCUACUGGUGGCGACGUCGAUUUCUCGUCGCUGGACGUCGCAGGCGACGAGUUCCCGGAGUUUCUUGUCGAACCCGCCUUGGGAAACCACGUCGCGUCGCAGCCUGAGGUGACACCUCAGCAAUGCCACGUGGCGAACCCCCCUCCGCCGCCGGCGCUGCAGCCAAUGCGCAUCUCUCUGCUGCAGUUGCCCCCUGGUCUCGUUCUGCGCCGGUGUGGCGGCAGCGGAACGCAAAUCCCCUCCGCUCCUGCUGCUCUUGUCGCUCCGUCUGCUGCUCCUGUCGCUCCGUCUGCUGCUCCUGGUGCUGCUGUUGCUAUGUCCCAAGAGCGACUGACCCCUGUCGAAGCCCCUCUCGGAAAGCGGAAGCGGGAUCUCGCGUUUUCACCAACAUCAAGCUACGAAUUCCAACAGCAGCAGCAGCAGCCCCAGCAGCAGCCGCAGCAGCAACAGGAGCUGGACCAGGAGCAGCAGCAGCAGCAGCCAUCCAAAGUUAGGCGCGUGGAUCCUCCUUCCCCUGCUUCCGCGGUUUUAGCAGCAAAUGAAGAGCUGGACGUCGACUCGGGAUCAGAAGAGGGGGGUCUUUGGGAGGCUCUGGAGAAGCAGUUGAAACCCGCCACGUCAGAUGAAACGCCGUGUCAGUGCCUGGCGUGUCAGUGCAAGUCAGAGGAGGACCGGAUGUUCCUGCUGACCGGGAAGCGGACGGCGAAAGCUGGUGCUGGUGCUGCUGGGAGUAGAAAACGGUCCGGAUCGAAGAGGAAAGGCCGUUCUUUGGCUGAAGGGAAUGGUGGAGAUGCUAUGGCCGAUGUUAACGAAAUUCUGGGGGAGCUUGCACAGAUUCCGCUGCUGCUGGAUGUAACAGAUCUUCCAGAACUUCCGGAAGGAGAUUUGGGUGAAUGUAAUACGUUCUGGGAAGGAGCUGAUGUGGCAGUGGUUGGAGGUGAUGGUGGUGAUGGUGGUGAUUGUAGGUUGGAGGAAGUGGAAGGAAAGCACUGCUCUGGAUUUGGAAAGCGGUUGAGUCAAAUGGAUGUGACUGAAGUGGUGGAGCAGUGCAGGGUGUGGCUGCAUGAGGCACUACAGAGCCCUGGGUGUGACUCUAUUGAUGUCGACUUCUGCUUGAAGGUGGUGGGAGAAGUGAAGGGAGAGACAGUGGAGGGAGCCAAGCCGAUGGAGCUUGUGUUAGGGGAUGGAGUUCCUCUUGAGUGCUCCAUUGAGUAG